AUGGCCACGCGCGCCGCGCGGUCGACGAGGGAGGUCCCCCCGCGCUCGCCUCCGAUGUUGUCAUCGCCACAGCGGACCAGUUCGAGGCCGCCGUCGAGAACUCCUCCUCCCAGACCAUCCUCAGGGGCCUGUGGGGCAACCGGGCCGCCGCGGAGGAGCGGGUCAGUGACCUCCUUGCCGCCGAAUGGGCCGUCGAAGCUCGUGACGGCGGCUGAGCGGAUCGUCGGGGAUGGGGCCGUCGAGACAUGGUGUGCCGCGGAUGAGGCCACUCAUGCCAACUUCUGCAUCUUGGCUGGGGACGAAAAAACACGUGAGAUUCUCGCCAAACUAGAACCUUCCUCCAGCGCAAAUCCAAUUUCAACACCAGCUGUUGAGAAGGCGAUUGACGCACUCAAAACAAGCUGUGCUGACCUCCACAGUGUUGUGGAUGAUCCGCUUCCAGCUGCGAAGGCAGUUGCAGAUGAGGUAUUGGCUGCAAGGAUGGAUAAAGGAGUUAGCUUGAAUGCUGAAGAAGUAGGAGGUCAGCCAACAACUUGUGGUGCUGCAGGCCCGAGUACUCUUAAUGAUAAAGACCAUGGUCCAAGUAGAGGCAAACCUCAUAACCUUAUGGAUCGGAACCCAACAGCACGGACCCCUCAAUGGGAGGAUUCACCUGAUCUUGAGGGGUCAGAAUCAUCAUUACGCAGACCACGCUUGCCUAGCCCAAGGAGAAUGCCACCUUCUCCUUUGCCACCGCCAGAAAACAAAAAUAAGCGUAGAAGGGCAAGGAAGUGGAGCUUGUUAGAAGAUGAAACACUGAGUAAGGGUGUUCAACAGUAUGGUAUAGGCAAUUGGAGGGAUAUUUUAACUAACAAUCUUGACGUUUUUAUCGGCAGAACAACGGUGGACUUGAAGGAUAAGUGGAGGAAUAUGCAUCCGUUUGGCUGCCUGUAA